UCAAUAUUAAGAAGGUUAAAGUUUAAUACAUGUUAUACUAGUGAAUUUUAUGGUUUUUGCAGCAUGAAAUUUCCUUGGAAAGUAAUAAAAAAUUUAAAGUUACCUAGACUAAAUUUCGAACAAAAUCAAUACAAUUGCGGAGAGAACUGGAAAUUUACUUUGAAAAAAUUAGUGUAUAAUUGGUCGGGAUACAACAAAUACGGGCUUUACACACACGAUCUUAUAGAUUAUGACGACCCUGUCAUACAUGAAGCAUUACGUCGACUACCAAAGGAUGUACUGGACGCCAGGAAUUUCAGGAUCAUACGCGCUGCGCAGCUGAGUUUCCUGAAGAGAUAUCUACCCAGGGAGAAAUGGGUCACGUACGAGCAGGAUAUAGAGUAUCGAUACCUCAGUCCGUAUAUGGAAGAGAUCCAAGCUGAACAAGCUGAGAUAAACGAAUUUGAAUGCCACAAUUAUGGAGAUAGUGACUGACUGGUUGGUGAAGUAAAAUAAAGGGAAAAUUUUUG